UGAGAAUAUUAAUAAUUACAAAAUUGUUGCCAGCGGUCGCUUCUAAACAAUCGUGGAACUGCAUCGAGAGGUUGUCCAUGGAAGAGAAAAAAGCGUUCGUUUACAGUUCACCAAAGCGACGAUGUUGUUUUAUAUCGUCGAUUAUUCUCAUUUUUCUUGUGUUGUUUGGGAUCGGUAUACUGGCUGGUUACUUUAUUGGACGUGGAGGCGCGAAGAGUUGUGAUGAUGGCGGCAAGAAUGACGGCUGUAACCCUCCAAAGGGCCUUACCCAAGAACAGCUGGAAGAGUUCCAUAAGAGAGCGGUCGACACGAUUUCUACUGAGGAGCUGAAAAAUAACUUGAAACGUUUCACUAAAGUGCCACACUUUCCUGGAGGCCCAGAGAACUUUAAACUGGCGGAGGACAUGGCAAAAAAAUGGAAAGAAUAUGGCAUCGAUGUUAUAUGGAAGAAUUACACCAUUAUGUUGUCCCGGCCCAAGGAUAUGAAGGCAGGAUCGGCUGCACUGUACAAUGGAUCUACUCUGAUCUACAAGGCAGCUCCUCAAGAAAAAUUCCUUGUUCCCUCAGAGAACAACAGCAAUGUGGUCCCACCUUUCAACGCUUAUGCACCAUCAGGAUCCGUCAGGCGAUACUAUUUUCUGAUUGUAGAGGGUAUGUACCGCCUGCCCGUGGAGGAGGCUAAGAAACUCCUCCCUCAGAUACCUGUGCAUCCUAUUUCUUAUAAAGAUGCUGAGCCCCUGCUCAGAACUCUUACUCGCAAUGUGGUGCCAUCAAAUUCCUCCUUCCGAGGUGGUUUGAAGUUUUCGUAUGGAAUACAGAUGGCGGAAGAUGAUCCGAGGGAGGUCGAAGUGAGUUGUACCAAUGAACUUUACGUGACAGAUGUUUACAACUUGAUGGGAGUAAUAAAAGGAUCCACUUACCCCGAUGAAUUGGUGUUACUGGGUAAUCACCGGGAUGCUUCUCAAACCUGACUCAUUAUGGCGUUAAUAUGAGAAUUUACAAUACACAAAUAAAGACGAAAUUUGAGGACGACUUUAAAAAGUACAGUGC